AUGCGGAUCUCCACUCUCGCCGUCACCGCCGUGUCGGUCGUCGCGCUGUUGUCGACCAACAAGGCUGUUGCAGCUGAUGGAAAAGCUGGAAAGCCUGGAAGGCAAGAUGGAAUUCAGCGCAUCUCUGCUUCUAUCAAGGUCGGGCAUGACGCGAGAAGCCCACAGGACUCUGACGGCUUCGUCAGCUACGACUAUGGGUACUCGUAUCCUGCCCCACCUCCCCCGACCACCUAUGCCAAGUUGUCGUCGUCUUCAACAUGGACUUCUCUUGCCUCCAGCAGCAAUGUAUCUUACACUGAAACCACCUCGGUUACUAGCGUCAUCGGCACUUCUAGUGUCUCUGAUUCCGCCUCAUUCAGUUCAGUCGUCUCUAUCAGCGCAACUGCGACUCUUCGUGACAGUGUUUCCACCUCUCUGCCUACCUCAGUCAUUGCAACCCUUUCAGCUUCCACUACCAUUUCGGAAAGCCUCAGCUACAUGACUUCCUUCAAAACAGGCUCGUCUACAUCCAGUUUGGAUGAUGAAUCGGGCACCCUUGCUUCCGUGACUGAUACGGACGUCCCCUAUACCCCAUCGACAGGAUCAUCAGACAGUACCAUCUGGUCACAUUCAACUACUUCGAUUUCUUCUAUGCUACCGUCUUUCACACUUUCCGAUUCCACUGCUAUCUUUUCGUCAGCCAUGACCUUCUCGAAACCAGACUCGGCCUCAACCAGCUACAAACGUUUCAAGCACGCAGCGAGCGUUCACGAACUCAUCUACCACGGCGCAUCUUCCGACCAGUUUCCCUACCCUCCCCGUGAAUUCCACCACAAGUCUAACGGCGACCUGGAAUACGUCAGGCGUACCAUCUUUCACUUUGACAAGUAUUUCAGUGUCUUUCAUAACGUCUUUACCAAUGGUCUCGUCUUCCCAGACGACUGUGCUGUUUCCGUUGCCCAACGCAACUGUCAUUGUUACGCAUGA